AUGGCGACAACAAAUGUAACGGGAGCAAUCAACAUUUUCCUCUCCAUCACAGCAACUCUUGGGAAUUGUAUCAUUCUUGUUGCCCUUCACAAGGAAUCUUCCCUCCAUCCGCCAUCCAAACUCUUAUAUCGUUGUCUGGCAACAACUGAUCUGUUGGUUGGUCUUGUUACCCAGCCUCUCUAUGCUACCUACUGGAUAUCCGUGGUUCACGAACACUGGAGUCUUUGUCGAUACGCAAGGGACGCAUCGUACAUAUCAAGCUAUGCGUUAUGUGGAGUGUCUUUGUUAACGAUGACGGCUAUAAGCGUGGACCGACUUCUCGCCAUGUUGUUGGGACUGAGAUACAGAGAGAUUGUAACUUUGAAGCGCACGCAUAUCAUUUUAGCCAUCGUUUGGGUUGUAUGUGUAAUCGCUGGUUUAUUCACACAUCUCAGUUACCGUAUAAGCCUUUGGUGUAGCUUUAUAAUUACACCAUCUUGCUUAGUAAUUUCAAUCGCCUCGUACGCAAAGAUUUUCCGCGCUCUCAGUCAUCAUCAGGCUCAAAUACAAAAUCAUGUUCAACAACAGCCGAGCCAACCAAAUGCUCUGAACAUGGCGCGAUACAGAAAGGCAGUAUACAGUGCACUAUGGGUGCAGUUAGCUUUAGCUGUCUGUUAUAUUCCACAAUUUACAGUGGAAAUUAGGAUCUCUCUAGGUAAAAAUCGAUUUUCGAAUUUCAGUAUAAUCAAUGGAGUGGCAAAUGUCUUAGUGUUAUUUAACUCUACUUUGAACCCGUUCCUUUACUGCUGGAAUAUAAGUGAAGUGAGACGAGCAGUAAAGCAGACAAUCCGACAAGCAAUCUGCUACGCAUAGCGGUAGACCUAUAGUUUAACACUGGCAUGUACUGCUUUUCUAUAACGUAUUUGGAAAUUGUGAUAUCUUUGAGUUAAAACCGAUUAUCGAAUUUCAUC